AGGAAUACGACGCCUGAUCCCACGACUGCGCCCCGUCUGGCGCACGACGGCCUCGUCUACCGCGAUCCCAGAUGCGGGCUCGAAGCAGCAGCAGCAGCCGCACCAGCUGUGAAGAAUCUGCAGAUGCACUUGCUCUGCGCUCGUGCGCGCUCCUACUACAUGUUCUAGUUGCGCCUUGCGCCUCUGCCAAUAAUUUACUUCAUCUACUCUGUACAAUUCUGUAAUUUUAUUUCUUCCGCCGGUCGAUCGAUCCGCAGACGCACAGGCGGCAGAGCAGACGAGUGCAGCGGGAAGAAGAGCUGUGAGCCGGGCCGGAUUUGGGCAGAGGUCUGGCAGGGAGAAUUCACAGCUUCGGCGCAAUGCAGCCGCUUCCGCUUUUGCUGCAUUUGCUCCUGAUUGUGUCCAUAGCAGCUCAAAGUCCACCGGCACCUCCUCCAGCGCCAGAGUCACAACCGCCACCAGCACCAGCGCCUGGUGUAGAGGGUAGCACCCCUGCUCCAGCGCCUGCACGCAAUCCUUUGAGUCCUCCUGCUCCUCCUCCACCAGACACCAUUCCUAAUCCAAAUGGGAAUCCAAGUCCAGCUCCUGCUCCGAAUGAUCAACCAUCGAAUUCUGAAGGGAGCAACGUGACUUGGUGUGCUGUCAGGGAAGAAUAUGACGCUUGCUUGAAGUAUACAAGUCUCAUCCCUGGACCCCUCAACUGGACAUGUGUGGCUAAGGAGAACAAGGGAGAGUGUAUGGAUGCCAUUAAGAAUGGAGAAGCAGAUUUGAUAUCAUUGGAGGCAGGCUAUGCUUACAUGGCCUUCCUCAACAAGUCCAUGAAAGCCAUACUUUCUGAGGAGUACUCCUUCCAUGCUCAGUCGUAUGGAGCAGUAGCAGUGGUCAACAAGUACAUGUGCGACAGAAACUCUCGGCUUAGUCUGGAAGAUCUUCGGAACUUCAAGUCGUGCCAUCCUGGUUAUCAAACUUCUGGUGGUUGGAACUAUCCCGUAUAUUAUCUCCUUAAGAUGGGCAUUGACCCUAGGCUGAAAAAUGAUUCUUCCGAUCCAAACGACGUUAAAACGAUUAACAGCUUCUUCUCGGAAAGCUGUGCACCUUCCGAGUUGGGCCAUGGAGGACUUUGCAGCGCUUGUGGCAAUACAAGUUCUUGUUCAAGUAUAGACAAUAUAUACGCAGGAGAAACGGGAGCAUUUCGCUGCUUGAUGGAUGGAACUGGAGACAUUGCUUUCCUUAGAGCGAAGACAGCUACAAUGUACUCGAGCGAUGGUGUAAAUAGGCAGGCCUGGUCAAGUAAAUCCGUAAGCGAAUUCAUGUACCUUUGUCCGGGCGGAGGAUGUAAGCCGAUAAAUGAGAACUAUGGUGACUGUGUCUUUGCAACGGUUCCGGCUAACCCGUUAAUGACCCGGAAUAAUAUUACCGGUAAAAGGAGGGAUGCUAUUAUACAGGCCUUGCUAAAUGCGAACUGGACAUCGCAGCUUUACAUGGGGAAUAACUGGCAAAAUUACUUGCUUUCAGUUAGCACCCAAGCUUUGGCGAAAGUGAGCCAGCUCACAAGGCAGUAUUUGUCGACAUCUGGGAACAUCUCACAGAUCGUUCUAGACAUCAACAACAACAUUUUAUCUCUUUCAGGCUCUCCUAAGAAGACAAGUAUUCCUAGCUCUGUUAUAUCUCUUGCCCUUGGUGCUGUCACAAGCGGCAUCCUCUACUCCUUCCUCGAAAUUUUGUAAUCGCUGUAGGACCUAGUCUGGCCGCAGGCUGUGUACAUAAAGCUUUCAAUGAGAUCCACAGUUACAUCCAGAAGCUCUACUCACCGAGAAUACGCGCUCGUUUUUUGCGAGUCUGCUGGAUUGCUUCUCUCGUUCCACCAGUAGAUGAGCGGGGCGUGGUUUUGGGAGCUGCGAAGGGAACAAGGCAAGCCUUUUAGGAGACACUGUACUUAUAUUGGUCAUAGAGGGGCCCAUUUACGAGGGACUCUCUUGGAUUUUACAUCUGAUCAGAUCUGUACACGCUUGAUUCAGUCCGUAGCUUUACAUAGCUGAUCCAGUUGACCUGAUAGAAUUGUUGAGAGAUAUAUUCUUUCUUUGGCUGAAUCUGCAAAGGUCUCCACCACAAAAUAUUUGCAUAUGCGGAGGACCUGUAAUGGGCGUCACAACGUCCACAAUCCCUCGAUGUUAAUCAAAAUUUUCUCACGCUAACAAUUUAAAAUCUAUUAGGUAUUACUUAGACACAAGUAAUUUGUAGUUUCAUUACAACACAACUCUUCCACUCGCUUAGUUUGUGAGAGAGCAUGUGGUAUCAGUCGGCAGUUUGGGAUCAAUACCUACAGCCGGAACAGUCUGCAAUGUAAGUCAAAAUUCUGCAGUUCAAGUAUUGGAAAUCUAACCAGACUCUUCGAACUUACCGUCACUUUU